AUGGCGCUACUCCAGUAUCGCGCACCCGUCAAGUAUGCGGUCCAGCAAGAGCUUUUCAAGGACUUCCUUGAGACUUUUAAGAGCUUCGAAUCAGCUUCAGAGGCCGCGGCCACCGAAGCAAUCGAAGGCCUUCAUAUUGACGGCGAUGUCAUGAGCGACGAGUACGAUUUCAUGGACGAUGUCGAUGGUCAACGCACAAGAACUACGCGAUCAAAGGGACCGAAAUUGAAGUAUAUGCAGAUGCUGCAAGAAGUUGCGGAUCGGACAAGGUCCAAUAUUCUUAUAGAAUUAGAUGAUCUAGACACAUAUGUCAAAUCCCUGCCCGAUGGCCCUAAUUCAAACAUCCUCGACAACAUCGAAGGUAAUGCGAAGCGAUACAUUGAUGUAUUCUCUGAUGCGGUUGACGAAAUAAUGCCCAAGGAGACCAGAGAAGUCUCAUUUAAAGAUGACGUCCUUGAUAUAAUCAUGUCUCAACGAGAGCGAAGAAACGAAACAAUGACCCUGGCAGCUGAAGCAGAUCCUGAUUCUGAAGCUGGCAUGCCACCCUCAAUUUUCCCUCCUGAACUGACUCGCCGCUAUACCCUGAACUUCAAGCCAUUGACCGCUUCAGGCUCGAGCACUGGUCGAAGCAAGGCAAUGGCCGUUCGCCAUGUUCGUGGUGAACACCUUGGCCACCUUAUUACUGUGCGAGGCAUUACGACAAGAGUUUCAGACGUCAAGCCUGCGGUCAAAAUAAACGCCUACUCUUGCGAUCGUUGCGGAUCAGAAGUUUUCCAACCUGUUGUCACAAAGCAAUUUGCGCCCCUUUUUGAGUGCCCGUCUGUUGAAUGCACACAGAAUAACACCAAGGGCCAACUAUUUCUUUCUACCAGGGCUUCAAAAUUCAUUCCAUUCCAAGAAAUUAAGAUUCAGGAAAUGGCAGAUCAAGUUCCCGUUGGCCACAUUCCGCGCACCCUAACGGUCCACUGUAAUGGAAGUCUUGUACGACAAGUUAAUCCUGGUGAUGUGGUUGAUAUUGCUGGCAUCUUCCUCCCGAUACCUUACACUGGAUUUAGGGCCAUCAAAGCCGGCCUGCUUACAGAUACUUAUCUUGAAGCCCAGCACAUAACCCAGCAUAAAAAGGCCUAUGAGAAUCUUGUCCUGGACUCGCGAGCCCUCCAAAAAAUUACUCAACAUCAAAGUUCAGGAAACAUGUACGAAUACCUCUCGCGAUCCAUAGCACCUGAAAUCUACGGUCAUCUUGACGUGAAAAAGGCGCUGCUUCUACUUUUGAUUGGAGGAGUCACCAAGGAGAUGGGUGAUGGAAUGCGUAUUCGUGGUGACAUUAAUAUCUGUCUUAUGGGUGAUCCCGGUGUUGCCAAAUCUCAGCUAUUGAAAUAUAUCACUAAGGUUGCUCCCCGCGGUGUUUAUACUACUGGUCGCGGAAGUAGUGGUGUGGGCCUUACAGCAGCGGUGAUGCGGGAUCCAGUUACAGAUGAGAUGGUGCUAGAGGGGGGUGCUUUGGUCUUAGCGGACAAUGGAAUAUGUUGUAUUGACGAAUUCGAUAAAAUGGACGAUGGUGACCGGACUGCAAUUCAUGAGGUCAUGGAACAGCAAACGAUAUCCAUUUCCAAAGCGGGAAUUUCAACCACUCUCAAUGCUCGUACUUCAAUUCUUGCAGCGGCCAAUCCCCUCUAUGGCCGAUAUAACCCGCGUAUAUCACCCGUUGAAAACAUUAACCUCCCAGCGGCCCUUCUCUCUCGAUUUGAUGUCCUUUUCUUGAUGCUGGAUACUCCUUCUCGUGAUGCUGAUGAGGAGCUUGCUAACCACGUCGCAUACGUUCAUAUGCACAACAAGCAUCCCGAAACAGACGACAAUAACGUGGUCUUCACACCCCACGAAGUCCGACAAUAUAUCGCCAAAGCGCGUACCUUCCGCCCCAAUGUCCCCAAGCGAGUAUCCGAGUACAUGGUUGGCUCCUACGUUCGGCUUCGCCAGGAACAAAAACGUGACGAGGCCAACAAAAAACAAUUCUCACAUACGUCUCCACGUACACUGCUAGGCAUACUUCGUCUGUCACAAGCUCUUGCCCGCCUGCGAUUCAGCGAGGAAGUAAUCACAGAAGAUGUGGAUGAGGCCCUCCGUCUAACCGCGGUGAGCAAGGCGAGCUUAUAUCAUGAUUCCCAAGGAGGUGAUGAUCAGAGCCCCAUGAGCAAGAUCUACAAUCUCAUCAGGGGUAUGCGAGAGAGUGGUGCCGCGGCCGUGGAAGAUGGGAAUGAAGGGGAGCUGAGCAUGCGGAGAGUAAGAGAAAGGGUCCUCGCGAAGGGUUUCACGGAUGAUCAACUGAGCCAGACCAUUGAGGAAUAUGCAAAGCUAAAUGUCUGGCAAAUUAUUAGCAAUGGAACGCGCCUCGUUUUUGUUGAGAUCGACGAUGACGACGAGAUUAUGAAUAUGAUAUGA